AUGGCUUCAACGCCGCUCAACGACUCGCUCACAGCGUCGUCCGACUCGUUCAACCCGCUCCCAUCCGCCAACACGGCCAACGGGGCCUUUGACGAGGAAUUUGAAUUCGUUGGCUCAGUCCUCUCCGACUCUGAGCUCCGUACGCGCGCUGGAGCACUCAAUACCGGUCCUCUGGGUCUCACUGCAUAUCACACGAGCGAACUCCAGCUCCCAGGCCUUGCUCCAGAGCCCGUCGCCGCACCAGGCGUGUUAGAACGAUUCGAGACGGCGAGCUUGGCUCCGCAAGAUAUCCAGAGCUAUGUCCAGCGGCUCGUAGACGGCACCGCGCUCGACGAAUACGCCGGCCCGUCCGUCAUGGACGACAGUAUUCUCGCCCCAGGAGCGACGGGGCUCCAGCGUGGAGGGUAUAAACUUAACAAGCCACCACAGAUGCGCCCGGUGCGCGUCUAUAUUGCUGCAUUAUACGACGUCUUGCAUCCCGGACAUGUUCUGACGCUUCGACAAGCAAAGUAUGCUUUCCCAAGCGUGCACCUCCUCGUCGGCGUCUACGCACACGCCCCGCCACACACUCCGUCCAUCUUCUCACACCUUGAGCGUUUGGAGACUGUUCGCCAUAUCCGUUACGUCGACGAGCUGGUUCCAGACGCUCCACUUACGAUCACCGAGUCCUUUCUGCGUGAAUGGAAUAUUGAUUAUGUUGCGAGCGACGUCGACUAUAUCGCGGCCACGCUCGACCAUACAACCGCCAAUGUUCACGACCUCAUCUCCCUGAGCAACGGUACCGCAGGUAAUAUCAAUCCAGGCAUUGCACUCGCUAUCCGACUCGGAAAGUACUUGCCACUUCGACCGACGGACGCCAUCUCUACGGGUGAAGUUCUUCAGCGAUUGAAGAGCGAGAUUCAGAAUGAAGAUGUUCGUGAUCCAUACGAUCAUCCCUUUGGUGGGCUAGCUACUCGCGGCAGGGAGGCAACAAUUACAGAAUCAACAUAUCCUCCCCUCAGUCCAAAGCGCAAGCCAGCACCCGUUGUGCCUCAGCUCAAUACCAAUUUUGCACCGCUCACGCCUGCAUCGAACAACGGUGCCGAUAAUGAUGGAGAAGAGUCUCCUGCAGCACCCGAACCACAUGAGCUCCUCGAUCCCUUUGCCAAUUAG